AUGGCCAGUCAGCCUGCCAAUUGGUUAGCACGUUAGCUUAUGGUAGCCGCAACUAAACGGUAAUGUUGACCCGUGAUGUCGCAUUAUAAAUACUGCUGUGUUUUCCUUCAGGGCCAGAUGAGGACACAGAGCGGCUGAUCCGGUGGCGGGGAAGGAACAAGGCCCUCUUCAUGGGCAGAAGGAACGCUGCCCUAAAGGGUUUUCAGUAAGAAAUUUUUGUUCAUGCACCGUUGUGCCGUGGAUUUAUUUAUUGUAAACACACGCUUCAGCUGGAGGCGACCGGAGCACAAACGUUGGCCAUGUCGGCUUCUAGCUUUUUUGUUAUCAGAGCAGCAUUCUAAGAGCCGCAAACGCCCCCCACCACUCGACAGAACAUAAUACGAGUUUUGCUAUGGGCCGCGCCCCAUGGGUUGAUUACAAGAUGGGGAAAAAGCUACUGCCUAAUGCAGUAAUAAUAUGAAUCUGGAGAACUUGAGGACACAUUAUGGUAACUCUGUACGUAAAUCGUAAAUGUGAACACUGUUCUGACAGUGGCUUGUAGGCACUUGCCACGUUCAUAUGCCCUUUUUAUUGCCCCUUGUUUGUCAUCCUUGUUUAGGGCUUUCAUCAAGGAGCAUGGGCUGGAGGGCCAGGUGGAUCCAAGUUUUCCCCACCAAAAAAAGGGAAAACCUGAAGCAGAAAUACAAGGUAGGUGGAGGUGUGACAAACACUUCAGUAAUUAUGUUUCGCACCAAUACAGUGAAUGCUUAUGUUUUUAAGUUUUACUAUAUAAUCUGACUAUGUCAGAGUUCAAACAGUCAGUGUGAGAGGGACCUCUGUUAUCAGAUUAUUUUUGUGUGAGUGUCAUUUGCCAGGUUCUCAAGGCACCACCAACAGGGUCAGCACAGAGGGAGGAGAGGCCACUGCUGCAAACUGGAAAUGGUUUAAUAUCAUGGAUGAGGUGAUGAGGGACCGUCCCACCAUAUCACCGCCCAACUUUAUCAGCUCACCUCAUCAGAGUGGUUGAAAAAGUUUGAGGAGAGGGAGGAUGAAAGGUUGCAGCAGGCAGAGGAGCGGGAACGUCGGGCAGAGGAGAGGGAGAGGCAGGAAAAGAGAGAGAUGGAAGAAAGAUGGGUAAGAAGAGAGCAAGAGUGGAGAGAAGAAGAAAGAAGGAACACAGACAGAAGAGAGUGGGAGUGGAGAGAGUGGAUGGAUAGAAGAGCAGUGGAAGAAAGGAGAGAGAGAGAAUAG